CUAGUUUAAUUUUACAGUGAUUAGUCAUAAUUUCAGGGGUUUUGUGGUCAACAUAUGUUUUUACAACUAAAGUUUGUUAUAGAGAGAGAAGAACAGAGUGAUCGUCAAAAAAAAAAGAGAGAGAAGAACAGAGUAAAGCCCCCCAACCGAACCUGAAGAAGAUAAACAAUUAAAAAGACUUUCGUUGGACUCUCUCCUUGUUGUGUCUAUCUCUCUCUAUCUAUCUAUCGAUCUCUCUUUAUGUAUAUAUAAAGACAGAACAAAUCAACCUCUCCUUCUUCCUCUUCUUCAACCUUCCCACGACCCAACAAAAUCUCUCUAAACGCACCACAAAAAAUCCAAAAGUCAUCCCUCUCCCUCCAUUUUUGGACGACCGAACACAACUUUUAUUUUCUCUACCGGAAAAAAAAACACACAAUUUGUGUCAAAAAUUAAACGAUUGGGUCCUCAGCUUUUCUCGAUUUUUCUUUUUUGGCAUCUCUUCUUCUUCUUCUCGCCGUCGCCGUCACCGGAGAUUAGAUUACUCCGUGGUGUUUGCGUUUUGGCCUUUCGAAAUUUUCAAUUUCUUUGUGAUACAAAAAAAUUGAAGCAAGAAGAAGAAGAAGAAGCAAGAACACGAUUCAAGAAAAUAAAAAGAAAUGAACAAGACGACGUUACGUUACGAUCCAAGACAGAUCUCGAGGCAAACGAAACCGUCAGAUACACCAUCGUCUUCUCCUUCACGUAGUCACCGUAGACAGCCUUUACUCCAACGAAGCCUCUCUUCCCCUUCUCCUCGAGCCACUUGCGGCGGAUCCACUCCCGCCGAGUUCUGCGGUGGUACCACCGCAAGUUGCGCCGCCGUUUGGUGUUGCUGUCCCUGCGGACUCGUUAACCUCCUCGUUCUCGCCAUCUACAAAGUCCCUAAAGGUAUCUGCCGCCGCGCUAUCCGUAACCGCCGCCGUAAACAACUCGUCAAGAACGGUAUCCUUCCGCCGCUUCCGACCGACGAGCGGCGGGUUUUUCAGAACUCAGAGUUCGCUAUUCAUCCUUUGGAUAGCGAAGACGUCUCCGAGGACGACGACGACGAUAAUUUCUUGGAUCUGAAGUAUAUCGGAAAACCUAUAGCGGCGGGGUUUACGACGGAGGAGGAGGAGACCGAUGAGGACGACGAGGCCGUGCUGGCAUUGGAGAAAGAGAUGUGGAAUAGGUUUUACGGCGCCGGGUUUUGGAGAAGUCCUUCACAGAGGGAAUCAGUUUCGUCUCCGAGAGUUUCAAAGUCUCUUUCGUCAUCGCCGAGACCUUCGUUUACUGAAAUAUACAGGAAUAGGGAUAUAACGAUUAGAGGCGGCGGAGGAGCUACUACUACUAAUACGGUGGUGGCGACGACGACGACACCGAGAGCCGUUAGGCAUUUUGAUUAGGGGAAUGUGAGAGAGAAGGCUUUAUCAUGAAACAAAUUUGUUGUCCUUUGUUAAUAGUUCGAUAUAUAUUGUGAGAGUGUUGUUGUUGUGUGUCUAAGCUUCUUCUUCUGCCUUUUGUCAAAUCUUUGGUGUUGUGAUUUUUUAAUUUCCUCGAUGGUAUGGGAUUGUAUGAUCGUCAAAUGUGAAUUUCCGAAACUGAAUCGUGUGUGUGAUGGAGUAAUUUGUUGAUCUUGA